UUUAUCUGACUCUUCUUAGUGAGGGAAAAAAAAUACAACAACUUCUUCUCCCAAAAAAAAAAAGAAAAGAAAAAAGAAUAAUUAUUUAGAAGUAGUAAAGAGUAAAUAGCAAUAGUAAAACAGAGAGAAAAAAAGUGUGCAGAACAGAGAAAGGCAGAGCAAAACGGAAAGCAAAGCAGGGAGAGUGAAUGAUGCAGAUGUAGAUGCAGAGGUACUACUCUCUGUUACUACCACCACACUCAAAUCCUUUGGAUCCGAGAAAAAAGUGAUAGAAAGAUAAGGAAGAGAGGUAGGGACAAGAAGAAGGAACCAAAGUGUUUGUGAAGUAUUUGCUUCAUCAUCAGCAAUGGGAAGUUGUUGCAGCAAACUCUGCAUAUGCUGGUGGCCCUGCUGCUGCAACAAAAGAUCAAAUCUUCAAGACUUACCCGAAAAUGAAGAUGGGAACAAGGGUGAGAAGAAGGGUCCUGCUAGCUCUAGCUUCACUGAGUUCAGCUUCGACCAACUGCAAACUGCCACGUCAGCAUUCUCUCCCGACAACAUUGUUUCUGAACACGGUGAGAAGGCUCCCAACGUUGUCUACAAAGGGAGGCUUGAAGAUGAUAAGCUUGUUGCUGUGAAGCGCUUCAACAAGUCUGCUUGGCCUGAUUCUCGACAGUUCCUAGAGGAAGCACGGGCAGUGGGGCAGCUGAGGAGUGAGCGUUUGGCUAAUUUGGUUGGGUGUUGCUGUGAAGGAGAAGAGAGGUUGCUUGUGGCAGAGUUUAUGCCCCAUGAAACUCUCUCCAAGCACCUCUUUCACUGGGAGUCCCAGCCCAUGAAAUGGGCAAUGAGGCUGAGAGUUGCCUUGUAUUUGGCACAAGCAUUGGAAUAUUGCAGCAGUCAGGGAAGGGCAUUAUACCAUGAUCUUAAUGCUUAUAGAAUUUUGUUCGAUCAGGAUGGCAACCCUAGACUCUCUUGUUUUGGACUAAUGAAAAACAGCAGAGAUGGCAAAAGUUAUAGUACAAAUUUAGCCUUCACCCCUCCAGAGUAUUUAAGGACAGGAAGAAUCAUCCCAGAAAGUGUGAUUUACAGUUUUGGUACCCUUUUGCUUGAUCUUCUUAGUGGCAAGCAUAUUCCACCAAGUCAUGCACUUGACCUCAUACGAGGGAAAAAUUUUUCAUUUCUGAUGGACUCAUGUUUGGAAGGUCAUUUUUCAAAUGAUGAUGGAACUGAAAUAGUGAGACUAGCUUCGCGUUGCUUACAGUAUGAACCUCGAGAAAGACCAAAUGCCAAGUCGCUUGUGACUGCUUUAACUCCUCUUCAGAAAGAAGCUUCAGUACCUUCGCAAGUUUUGAUGGGCAUAUUGGAGGAGGGUGCAUCAUCAAAAGAAACAGUUUCAUUGACACCUUUUGGUGAAGCAUGUUCUAGAAGAGAUCUCACUGCAAUAUAUGAAAUACUCGAAAAGGUUGAGUAUAAGGAUGACGAGGAUGUUGCAAAUGAGCUUUCCUUCCAAAUGUGGACAGAUCAAAUACAAGAAACCCUAAAUGCUAAGAAGCAUGGAGAUUCUGCUUUUCGUGCCAAAGAUUACCCUACAGCCAUUGACUACUAUACAAAGUUCAUUGAUGGUGGGACCAUGGUAUCGCCGACUGCUUAUGCAAGGCGCUGCUUGUGUUACUUGAUGAACAACAUGCCACAAGAAGCUCUUGGAGACGCCAUGCAAGCUCAAUCAAUAUCGCCGACCUGGCCAACUGCGUUCUAUCUUCAAGCAGUGGCACUCUUCAGCCUUGGCAUGGACAAUGAUGCGCAGGAAAGUCUUAAAGACGGCACAAUGUUAGAAUCCAGAAACCAGAGAAAUUGAAUUGAAGUGUAUAUACUCUUUUUUCCUUUCUUUUGGUUCUCGUUGUUAGAAGCAUUAGCUGUAUGUAUCUUUUCUUUCCAGUUUGUUCUGCAGCUUCUGGAUUCAGAUUAUUGACUGUCUAUGCCUUGCAAUUUUAUUUCUCUUUUCUUUCAAAUAUAUAAUUAAAGCUGUGAACAUCAAAUUUGAUCAAGUGCCUGUAAAGUUAUUACAAUUCUGAUCAUAUUUAGGGAUAUUCAAAGAAUCAC